CCCCUGGACCGACAGCAUGACAUUUGAUCCCCCUGAGGGUCAUCAGGUGGACGGAGGCAGUUAAGAACUCCUCCGAGACACGAGUAUUUGGUUCCAUCUGAAGGUCUCAGCCACUUGUUCCUGUACUGGAUUUCCCUCCCUGAACAGGACAUGCCUCUUCCACCCAAAGCACCACUUGUAUGAUCUUGGAUCUUCUCAGAUUGUGGUCACGCUGGACCUCCAACUGGAUCAUGUCCACAAAACUUCGAGCUACGCUGAGGGAAAUGCGCACUGACAUCGCUAUGGCUGUCAACGACCCCUUCCCGCUUGUUUAUGGUUUGGCAGACAAAAACAUCAUCACUGAGCAACUGCUGAAGGACACUCUGGAAAAGGAGGGUCGGGAAGGAAUUCACAAGGCCAUGUACUCCCUCCUCACCUGGAUCCUAGAACAGAGCAGAUCCACCAUUCAGUCCUUCUGGAGCAGUCUGACCAAGGAUUACAACAUGGACAGCUAUCCCAAGCUGCAGACGCUGCUCACUGAUCUACAAUCUACUAUUCUGGUUCUUUUUUUGACAGGAAGAGAUGUUGCAUGUUCAAGACAUGAGAAAAAUGGGCCCAAAGCACUUCAGAGCAGAAAAAGGAACCAGGAGGACAAGAGGACAAAGUUUCAUGAUCAACAUUCACAAUACCAAGCAAAGACAAGUGAUGGGCCAGGGGGAAAAGUGAAGUUGUACAGAGUGAAGAGUGAAGCACCACCUCUGCAGCUGCCCUCUGGAAACAGUGUGCAGGCAGUGUGUUCUACAGCCCACACAGCUGUUACUGUGACCUCAUCGUCUGGCUCCGCCGAGCCGCCGCUCAGCCUUGAAGCCGGAGAGAAGAUCCACGUCAAGACUCUGUUCGGCACAGAGGGCACAGCCAGAAAGUGCAUUCAAGUUGAUGGUGAUUAUUACUCCUGCCAUCCACCAGAUGACACAGAAGAUCCAUCUGAAGCCACAGCUGCUAAAACCAGCUUUCACCACAAGAGGGAGACAGAAAUAAGCAUGGUGCAGAGUCACUACAAUGAUGAUGAAUGCACAGUGUGUAAAGACGGAGGCGAGUUGAUAUGCUGUGAUGGUUGUCCUCGAGCUUUUCAUCUGUACUGCCUUGAGCCUCCGCUCACAUCCAUACCAAGAGGCUCAUGGCAAUGUGAGCAGUGUCAUGUUAACAAGAUGAAAAAAGAGAAGGCACAACUAGGUUUACAAGUGUAUGACCAGUGCUCAGGUGGAGAGACGGUCAGUGUGAAGGAGGUGUGUGGCAUUUGCCGCCUCGAUGGACGAGACUUGACUCGCUGCCUUCAGUGUCUGGAGCAUUACCACUCACACUGCCACUUCACCAAAGGUAGAUCCAUCUGCUUGUCCUGCUCCAGGUCCUGGGGGAACUGUGCAGAUGCCGGGUCCAGAGGCCUACAGCUCACAUCAUCAGCAAUUCAAACUAAACAAAGCCAGGAGCAGAACCCGUCACUCCCUGAACCCAUCCUCCAUAAAGAUGAACUGGACGGCAUCCUGGGAGACGGUUCUAUUGAUGGCAUUUUGCAGUGGGCUUUCCACAACAUGUCGAGGCCCGUUCCCGACUCUCAAGGAUGUUACCAAUGAAAGACAGUCUUUGGUAGAACACUUUGAAUUAAACUGUACAACCCAUGGACAAUCCCAAU